AUGGUGGGAAAGCUGCUCACGGCGCGAGAAUACUCCCGUCACUCUUUCCUUGGCAUGUUCCGAUCUGCAUGGCGGAUCAAUGGCAGACUGAGCGUUGAAGAAGUUGGAGAAGAUGACAGGGUCCUGUUCACUUUCACAGAUCCCUCUGAUGUGGAUAGGGUUUGGAAAGGUGGACCGUGGGGCUACAACAGGGCUCCUGUAGCACUAGCGCCGUACAACGGUAUCAGUCCGGCAAGCGAGAUACCACUGAAGAAAUCAUCCUACUGGAUGACGCUGCAAGGAGUACCGCCGGCGUUCAGGUCUGAGCGUAUUAUGCACCCGAUCGGUAGUACGCUGGGAGAUUUCAAGGAGUUUGAUCGUCCGACUUUCCAGACCCGAGUCCUGCGCAUCAGGGUCAAGAUCGACUAUGCCAAGCCUCUCUUGUUUUGUCGCCGCUUCUGGGUGGAAGAUGAAGUUCAAUUUAUGGUGCAAUUUCGGUACGAUAAGUUGUUUGGCAGAUGCGGUACCUGUGGCCUAGUUACCCACGUUGGCCUUCCUUGUUUAGGGCCGGAUCUGGAAGAAGAUAGUGAUACACCAGUUGGAGCGGUAGCGCAGCCCACGGCCUUGGCAAUGCUACCGGGACAAGAAAACCCUAAUAACAAUAGGGUGGUGGUAAACAAUCAAACCUUGAUCUUCAAGGCUCAGAUACCAAAUAGCAUACCGAAAGCUUUGAAAGGCUCAACAUCAUCUUCAUCGACCCCCCAUUCCCUCCGAGCGACGAACUGA